GAGUCUGACCUCCACUCCAGAUAAACCGAGCUGCAGCACAGACACCAUCCCGUCUUCUGCUGUGUGUGAGAGUGUGUGUGAGUGUGUGUCUCACAUCGUUGUUCCUUCACAAUGCGGAGCGCUUCAGUGUUCCUGUUUGGCUUGGCCUCCUGCUUCGCCACCCUCUGUCACGGUGUGAGUGCAGGCCCACAGCUGGAUGAUGGACGUCUGUAUAAAUUCAGCUACAGCACGGAGCUCGGCGUGAAUCGGCCCAAAGGCUCAAUUCGAGGAAACGUGGGGUUUAAAAUCUCUAGUGAUGUGGACAUCAGCCUGGCGUGGAGGAACCCAGAGAACCGAGAUGAACAGCUGCUCAAAGUCCAGAUCUCUAAUGUUCAAAUCCGAAAUGUAGCUGAGCGCUCACGCAAAAACAACAUCUUUCAUGGAACUACAGCAAAGGGAAUUCUGGGUCAAGAAAAGAACGAGGCCCUCCAGAGACCCUUCAUGCUGCUCUGGAAGAUGGGCAAGGUAAGGAGUGUUUACACACACAAGGCGGAACCUGCGACCAUCAAGAACCUGAAAAGGGGCGUGGCCAGUAUGCUGAUGAUGCAGCUGAAGUCUGGGAAGAUGAUGGAGGCUGAUGCAUCAGGAAAGUGUCUGGUGGAGUACAAGGUUUCCAAAAAUCAGGUCAUUCGCACAAAGCACACUGAGAGCUGCAAAACUCAGGAGACGGGAUUCACUACACACAGCCAGGUGUUGGGUGUGGCUGAGAAGUCGAGUUCAGAGACACUUAUCACUCUGAAAGAUGGCUUCAUUAAAUCUGCUGUUACCAAGGAAACACGCAUCCUGUCAAUCAACGCUCGCCACACAACCGCUGCCAAAGUGCUGUCUGAGCAGUCCCUCACUCUGGUCACAGUAACAGAUGGACCUGUGGAAGUUUCUGGUAAAGACGCAGUGAGUGUAGUGAAGAGUCUCGACCCCAAACUGGUGUCAGUGGGAGUGAUGACGGAGAAAACCCAGACGGAGUGUAAAACAUGUCCGAGUCUGAUGGACACAUGGAAGGCGGUGCGUUCUCAGAUGGAACCAGAAUCUCUGGCUAAAUCUUCAGCUCCUCGCAGUUUCCUGUCUCUGAUCCACAGCCUGCGCUCAUCCAGCAAAGACCAAAUCCUGAGUGUCCUUCAAAACUGCAGCAAGACUACACUUCCUCAGCUGGUGGAUGCGGUGACCUCGGCCCAGACUCCUGCAUCUCUGUCGGCCAUAUUGGAGUUUCUGGACUUCAGUAAAGCGAAAACAGAGAAUGUGUUGCUGCAGGAACGUUUCCUCUACGCAUGCGGUUUUGCCUCCCAUCCCACUGAAAGCAUGCUGCAGGCCCUGCUGGACAUCUCGAAAGGCAAAAUCGGCAGCACAGAAAUCAAAGAGUCAGUUGUGAUCAUCAUGGGAGCGCUGGUGAGAAAGCUGUGUCAGAAAGGAGGAUGUGAGCUGCCGGUAGUGGUUCAGGUGAAGCAGCAGAUCCUGGCAGGACCAGACAGCACUCAGGAGGAAGCCCAGGUUCAGAUGUACCUGCUGGCCCUAAAGAACGCUCUCCUGCCGGAAGCCAUUCCGCUACUCACUCAAUUCGCCGAGUCUGAGACGGGCUCGCUGAGCACCAUCGCCAUCACCGCGCUGCAGAGAUACGAGCCUCAGCUCAUCACACAUGAGGUGAAACAGGCCCUGAAUCGCGUGUACCAUCAGAACCGGCGUGUCUACGAGAAGAACGUUCGUGUUGCCGCAGCUGAUGUGAUCCUGAGCAGCGAUCCAUCAUAUGAGGAAGUGAAGAACCUGCUGCUCUCCAUCGGCCACCUGCCCCACGAGAUGAACAAAUACAUGCUGUCCAAAGUGGAGGACAUACUGCGUUUUGACCUGCCUUCUAGUAAAAUAGUACAUGAAGUCAUGAAGGACAUGAUCGCACAAAACUACGACCGUUUCUCGAAGGUUGGAUCUUCAUCUGCCUACUCCGGCUUCAUGACACGGGGCACUGAUGUCACCACCACCUACAGCUUGGACAUUUUGUACUCGGGAUCAGGAAUUCUGAGGAGGAGCAACAUGAACAUUUAUGGCCAGAGCAACGGCGCCCUCCUGCACGGCCUUCAGGUGGCCAUCGAGGCACAGGGUCUGGAGUCUCUGAUAGCAGCGACAGCUGAUGAAGGUGAGGAGGACCUGGAAUCUUUUGCUGGAAUGUCGGCUCUGCUCCUGGACGUCCAGCUUCGACCAGUGACCUUUUUCAAGGGCUACAGUGACCUGAUGUCCAAGAUUUUCUCAAUGUCUGGAGAACCCAUGAAUGUGGUGAAGGGUCUCAUCCUGCUUACUGAUCACUCUCAGGUGAUUCCUCUGCAAUCUGGUCUGCGGGCUGCUGUCGAGUUUCAGGGGGGUUUGGCCAUCGAUAUCUCUGGAGGAAUGGAGUUUAGCCUUUGGUAUCGGGAAUCCAAGACUAGCGUUAACAACAGGGGUGCUCUGGUCGUCAUGGGCAACGUAACGGUGGAUGCGGACUUUCUGAGCGUCGGGAUGGAGGUGAGUUUCGAGACAGAGGCGGCGCUCGACUUCAUCACCACUGUGCAGUUCUCCGAGUACCCCUUCCUAGUGUGCAUGCAGAUGGAAAAGACCACAUUCCCGUUCAGGGAGGCGGUGCAUAAAAUGGAGAAGUUGUCCUCUGGAGAUCCGUACACAUGGCACAGGACUCGUGAGCAGCUCAUCCCCGGCUCUGAGUUUCCUCUGCAUCAGGAGAACUCCAACAUGUGUAAAAAAGUGUUUGAAAGCAGCUGGUAGACCUGAACCCUAAACACGUCCUUUUUUUUUUGGUUUAAAUUAAAUUAAGCUUUAUUAUGCUAAUAUUUUUUAGCAAGCCAGGCAUUGGGUUUAACACGGACUUUAUUUUACGAGUCGUCAAGUUUUUGAUGGCAUAAUCUUCUCAUUAUUUUUUAAAUUUUGAAAUAAUUCAGAAUAAAACACCACUGAGGAGCGUAGCAUCGAAGGCUCAUAGUUAGCAGCUAGCAUAACCACGAUCAACCUCCCAAUAAAACAAUUAGCCAUAACAGCAGUUCAUUUGGUUGAGUGGAAUUACAAUGCUAAAUGGAGAAACUAGCAACUAACACAAUUGUGGACAAGCUCAAAAACAAAACGGUGAUUAUCUUGACGUUUCAACAAGCAUUGCUAGCAUAACCUCAGCCAUGUAGUCUAAUUUGAAAUGUACAUGCUAGUAAAAUGGAGUAUGUUGACAUUAGCCAUGUUAGACUGAGCUAUGCUGUUUUGGUUCUGAAUUAUUUUUGUGAAAAGGAAAUAAUAUUUAGUGUAUGGUUAUAUCGCCUGGACGUUUACACUCGUACAGUUAAAUAAUUAGCAUAGCUUUGGUCACCAAGCACAAUCUCACAUUAGCCACUUAGCAUGAACUAGCUACAGUGGCUAAUGAUGUGGUGUUAUGUAUAUGUUUAUGUCUUAAUGGGUUAUUUAUUUGAUCUAAACAUGUAGAUCUCAGGAAAAAAAAACACUUUGUCCAUUCCCCCACAACCAGAUGUUUACACAGAUGUUGAUUUUUUUUUUUUUGUAUGGAUGUAAAUAAUCUUCAGGAAAAUAAAACAAUUUGAAACUU